AUGUGCCAGUGCAUCGAAAGGCCAACUCAAGAUGAGGUCAUUGAGGUCAACGUUGUUGACCGUCAGGAGUCAAUAUAUAGUGCCCCUGACCCCGUCCUGGCCCAGGCGUGCACCAGGCCUUGGGUGCAAGCUGGCCUAUCACGAGAAAUGUACGACCACAUCGUCGCGGAGUUUGUUGCCCUCGACACCAACGGCGACCACGUGCUCAACCGAAGGGAGUUCGAGCGCGUCAGCGGUCUGCCCGAGUUCCUGACCAUGUCGCGCGACGACGUUUCCCAUUUGUUCGAUGUUGUAGACGCAGACAACAACAACGUGAUCUCCAUGAGUGAAUUCGUGAAGUACAUGGCGAAGCGCAAGGACCACUUUCCACUGCCAGCACAGGUAAGUCCACAGAGAGGCCGUGUCGAAGACAUCAUGAAGCAUUUCGGUUUCGUCUUCUGUACUACCGAUGGGGGCCGUCUCGGCGUGGCCGGAGACGGCAAUUGCCAAUUUUAUUCGCUGUGUUGGAAUAUUUGUCAGACCACCAGCAGGCACGAGGAGCUGCGAGCGCGGAUCAUCACGCAUAUGCGAGGCCCUGGCCGAUAUUAUUUUGAGAAUUUCUACGCGCCCUCCCAUCCGAGCCAACCUUCGACGUAUGACAGCUACCUUAACAUGAUGUCUAAGGAUAAGACUUGGGGUGAUCAUCUGACUUUGCAAGCUGCGGCCGCACUGUACAACCUGGAGGUGCGACUCCUGACACUUCGAAUUCUUUUGGUCAGCACGCGAACAGCAGGAAUGGCUCUGAAAAGCCUUACAUGA